AUGAAACAACCUAAUUAGUAGUUUGCAGUCAAUGGAUAACCGAUUCAAGGAACAGGUAAAGCACUUAUAUCUAAGAGUGGAAUGAGAGUUAGACCUAUUACAGCAGUAAAGAAGCCUUUCUCAAAGACUACAAGUAUACAAACGAAUUUUGAGGAUCUGUAUGAGUCCAAUGCAUUUUAAGUUAGCAAACAAAGAAUCAUAGAAAGGCCAUAAUCUUCUUCAAAUUUGCAAUUAAAACAACUAUGCUACAAUAGAAACUAACUGCCUGAAGUCCUCGAGGAGCAUAAUUUGCAUUAGAGUAUUUCUGCUCGAUAGAAAGUCGUUAUUUAUUCAAGUAGAAGUAACUCAGUGAAUAUUUCUCAAUCAAAAGUUGAUAGAACAGAAGAAGACAUUGCUCAUAUGAGGAGCAAUCAAAAUCAUUCUAAUUUUCCUUUGAAAAAAUUCAGCCUUAAGGUUGAACUUGCUUCAAAUACCAGGACAACUGAGGGACACCCGUCAACAGAGAGAAAGUUAUCUAUUCUGGAUAAUAUAUAUCCUAAUAACAAUAACUCUGAAGAUCAAUUCGAAUAUAACGGAAGCAAUAACUAGGAUACGAAUCGGUAAAGCAAUCUUUUCAGAAUCCAAAAUGCCAAGGACAGUUAUCACCCAUUAAUUUAUGAUGAAGGUAUUGCUGGUCCUUAUGGCAGCUCGCUAUAUAAUUCUGGCAAGUAGAUUUAAGGUUCUAGAUAUAGCAUUCCAGUGAAGAGAAAAAAUCUUGUCUCACACUAAGAUCUUCUUCAGUAAAAUGAGAAUGAGCUUAUUUACAAGACUUAAGAUUAAAACAUGAGAAAAGUUCUACUUUCAAACAACUCAUAAAUUAAUCACAGACGUGCAAAUCAACUGAAUAAAUUCUAGCAACACCAUCAUUCUCAAGCUAAGUUAAGGCCUUAAUCAGCGUAUAUGAAUCAGCCUAACCUGAAGAAUACUCCGAGUUAGUAAUAAAUUGUUGUAUAAAAGCCCCUUGGAUUCAAAACAUAUGUCUAAACUGUUGGUGUAAACUUCGCAGAGACACCGUAGUAAUAAGAGUUCUAUAACAAUCUGUUGCAAUAAAGCAGGAACUCUCAGACUGGUCUAAAUUUAAAUCUAGUAAGAAAUAGCAGCAAAAAUUAACAGAAAACAUCUGAACAAGACUAAAGUCUCAAAAGUCUUCUACAAAAUCCUGCUGUAAUAAACAGUUAAUACAGCAAAUCUUUAGUUGAGUCAAAUUUAAACGGAGACAGAUAACUUAUAAAAAACUAAACUUAGGAUAACUCAAACUAUCAGCUACUUUCUUAAAAGGGGUUAAUAGACAAAGAAAAAUUCUAAUAGUAAAAAUAGUAGUUUUAAUUAAUGAUUGAGCAAAAUAAAGCCAAUAUUACACCAUCAGAGAAAUUAAGUCUGAUGAUAUAGUCUAACUCCAAUAGUAAAAAGCAUCUUAAUUCUUAGAAGCAACUCUUAUUCAUUAAAAGAAAACUAAAUACAACUAAAAAUCAAACUAAUCAGGAUGAAGUCCUGCAUAAAAUGAUGUCAUUAUUGAACUUUGCCAAGACUUAGGAAAAUAGUGACAACUAAGAUAAUUAAAUCACCGAUGGACUGUAUGAAUUGAUCGAUCUCUAUCAGAAUCAAAGCUAGACUAGACAUUGGCGUGAAUAUCAAAAGUUUUACAGGUAUGAGCAUGUUCCAGGGAUUAAUGGAAUUACUGAUUAUUGGAGAAAUUAAAUUUAAAAGCAAGAGCCUCCUCCUUAAAAUCUAGCUUCAUAUGCCUUUGAAAAUCAUAAGCAUCUUUACCAAGACAUUGGGGAAAUAGUUCUUAAGUCAUAGGGAAUUCUAAAUUCAGAUCUAGUAGAUGAAAAGACUAAAAAGGAUCUACUUCAAGUCUUUCAGUCUAUAAUUGACAAUGAAAAGAAUAAAUAAAUUUAAAGGGACGUUGAGAUUAAAGAUAAUAAAAUCAUGAAUGUCUAAAUCAAGAAAAAUUGA